GAAGGAGUGAUGUGAUUUUCGGUGGAAGGAGAUCCAGAACCGAAGACAAUGGCGCACAUUACUGGUGAUUGGAACCCCUUAGGGGAGGUGUUUUACCGGAAGUUGGAGCUGUACAGUAUGGACCGAAGCUGGCAAGAGGUCGCUGACCUUAAGAAGUUCAAGGUGGCUGCCGCCCCCUACGGAGGACCCAUCGCACUUGUUCGUGAUGACAGUAAGACAGGAGUCCGAGGUUCCACCCGCCCAACUGUCUACAUCUAUACAUCAUCUGGAAGAGAAAUCUCACAGUUUAGGUGGGAUAGUGGCCAGUUGUUGCAAAUGGGAUGGUCAAGUAGAGAAGAUCUUCUCUGCGUACAAGACGACGGAACCGUCUUAGUGUACGACAUCUUCGGAACUUUCCAGAGAAACUUCAGUCUUGGUCAGGAGGCACGUGACACCAAGGUCUUGGAGUGCAAGAUCUUCCAGGGAUUCGUGGGUACGGGUCUUGCCAUUCUCACUGGAAGCUAUCGAUUCUUUGUCAUCAAUAACAUUGACGACCCUCAUAGCCGUAAAAUGGUUGAAGUGCCAGGUCUAGACUGUCCUCCCAGUAGUUGGUCCAUCAUCUGCCGAGACAGACACACCCAGAUUCUUCUUGCCAAAGAAAGACAAUUAUUCCUCCUGGACUACACAGAUGUACAUGAACAGAUGCUAGAAACAAGAAGUAACGUCAACUCUUUCAUUGAGAUGGCCGUCUCGUUUGAUAACCGUCUCCUAGCUCUCUUUGCUGACACUGGACUUCUGUGGAUUGGUUCCUCUGAUCUUCAGAAAUGUUACUGUGAGUUUGACACAAAGAGUCAGAUGAGACCCAAGCAGUUAGCAUGGUGCGGCACCGGAGCGGUGGUCGGCUACUGGGAGAACCUCCUUCUGGUCAUCGGUCCUCACAAAGACUGGAUCAAAUUCAACAUGGACAGUGAUGCCUACCUGGUACCAGAAGCAGAUGGAGUACGUAUCGUUGACACUCACACUCACGAGUUACUGCAACGAGUACCAGUUGUUGUGGAGGAGAUUUUUAAGAUUGGUUCCAUGGCACCCGGUGCGAUGCUCUUUGAGGCAUCUAAGGAGUUUCAGAAAGAAAGUCAGAAAGCUGAUGAGUAUAUCCGGAUGGUGAAGGACCAGCUCUCAUUGGCCGUUGAUCAGACUAUUGAAGCAGCGGGGUGUGAGUACGAACCCGCAACGCAACGAAUGCUUCUUAGGGCUGCUUCCUUCGGCAAGUGUUUCUUGACCAACUUGAAUCCAGAGAAGUUUGUCAAUAUGUGUAAAUUACUGAGAGUUCUCAACUCGGUGAGGGAGUACCACGUUGGAGUUCCACUCAGCUAUGAACAACUCAAACGGUUGACUCUACCAGUGUUAAUCGACAGGUUGAUCCUGCGACGUCAGUGGUGUCUCGCCAUGCACAUCAGUCGCUUCUUGAAACUACCUGAGGCUGAUGGAGAGAGUAGAAUACUCGCACACUGGGCUUGCUACAAGGUAUUGCAGAAGCAUAUAGCGGACGAAAGGAUAGCUCAAGAUAUAAAGAGUAAGCUUGACACCACGCCAGGGAUUGCUUACUCUGAGAUUGCUAAGAAGGCUUCGGAAUGUGGGCGUACCCAACUUGCCGUCAGGCUUCUGGAAUAUGAACCUCGAGCAGCUGAACAAGUCCCUCUGUUGAUGACGAUGAGAGACCAAAAAGUUGCUCUUAUUAAAGCAAUAGAGAGUGGUGAUACUGACUUAGUGUACAUGGUUCUACUCCAGAUGAAAGAGACGAUGCCAAUGGGUGAUUUCCUCAUGUCACUCAGAAACCAUCCAAUGGCACAGAGCCUCUUUAUGCAGUUUUGUCGAGAACAGAACCCAGCCCUUUUGUCAGAUCUUCACUAUCAAAACGAUGACUUCCAGGAGAUGGGAAACUGUCAAGUCGCAGAAAGUUUCCAGACUUCAGAUAUGAGGCAGAAGUUAGACAAACUCAACCAAGCUCAAGAUAGCUACACCAAGGCAAGGAAUGAACUAGCAGCAAAGGCAGCUGAAGAGCAAGCUAAACUUCUUGGUUAUCAACAGAAGUUAGAGGAGCAGUAUAAAGUGACGUAUAUAGGCAAGACGUUACACGACACCAUGCAUGAACUGAUCUCUAAGAAUAUGAGCAAGUUAGCCGAGCAACUCAGAAAAGAAUUCAAAGUUCCAGACAAGAGGUUCUGGUGGAUGAAGGUUGAUGCUUUAGCCAGCGCUGGUGAUUGGUUAGAACUAGAGAGGUUUGCAAAGAGUAAGAAGUCACCAAUCGGAUAUGAGCCGUUUGUUGAAGUCUGUAUGAAGCACGCCAACAAGUACGAGGCCAAUAAGUACAUCGGGAGAGUCACUGCAGAACACAAAGUCAAGAUGUACAUACGUAUGGGAUCGCUUGAAGAAGCUGCUGAUUUAGCGUUCCAGCAACGCAACGAGGAAGACUUGAACCUGGUACUGCGUCAGAGCAUUGGUAACCGAACUCUAAGCGCUAAGAUCCAAAGCAUGAAGGCACAGUUGGUCGCAAAGAGGUGAGCAGGAUACCAGUGAGAAACCUACUUACCCGCCAUCAAUCAUCAACUAUAACUUCAAAUGAACAGAUGUUGAAAUGCAACCCCCCCCCCCUCCUGGAUAUUCUUGGAACAAUCCUGCCUUGCUGAAUUUAAUACUUGGAAUAUUCCAUUUGCCAUGGAUGGGGAGAACAUUAUGAAAAGUGUAAUAUAUUUAGGAAUAAAAAUACUAUAUUAAAAAAUAAUGAUAAUGUUGCCCUGCGACAAUGAUCUGCCUUAUAACAAUGUAUACUCUGUGCUUCAUGAGCCUUGCCAAUUGCAGGAAAUGUGUCCAGGCACCUCCAGUGGAAUUGAAAAUUUGACCUUCUGCAUUAUUAAGCAGUUAUUUGAACUGAAUGCUAUGUAGCUAGAAGCAAGACAUGGUUCUUAAGGGUCUGGGUACUCGUCAGAUUUACAUUAAACUUACACAGUUUCAAGAUAUUGAUAGUAGAAAGCUUCCC